UAAAAAGUUAUGUCAUUAUGAUAAGUAAUGUCUUUGUUUUUUUAAUUAUAAAAAGAAUCGAAAAUUUUCUCCCUCAUUUUUUGAAUUAAAUCAAAUCUCGUACAAGUACGGACUUUCCUCAAUUCCUCCUGCGAAUAGCUGCCGCUUAUAAUUAUACAAACCAUCUUUGUUAAUAAUUAUCAUAAUUUACUUUUCCAUUACUUUUUUUCUUUCUUUCGAUCCACCAACUAAAGUAAAAAGAUGGCCGCCAAUUCAUUGCCCGAAGCAGAAUUAUAUGAAGAUAAUGACCAAUAUCUGUUCUGCAUUUCCGGGAAAGUUACACUCUUUACAAUUCCGACUAUCGUGGAAGUAUUAGGCGUGUGCAAGCCAGGGAGUAAAAAACCUCCCACGAUCUUUCUAAUUUUUCGCAGACCAGUACAAUUAUGUUUAAUAACGCUCAACUUCCAUUUUGAGCGAAAGGAUAUUUCGCGGAUCUCUUCGCUGUUAUGGAAGAAAGUGAAAACCAAGAACCCAAAUCUCGCAGAUAUUUUCGUCAACCUUUAUGGUGACGUAGCGAAACAAUGGAGGAAAGAAAACUUGAUCUUCGAGUUUUUCACUCCAUUGACUCCAUUGGAAUCUACCAAGCCGCCCGGUGGCGACCGUGGCGGUAAAAAAAAAAAUCAAGAAGAACAACCUCACUCGGAUCAUGAGAUCACAAUUCUCGGGGGUACGUUAAAGGAAGAUGAUGAUUUGGCAAAAGAUCGAAAUGAGAACAAAUUAAUUUGCCGAUUAUCAAAGUAUGAGGAGCAGAAAAUCAGCCGGGAGCUGUUUUCCGAGCUAGCAUACAUCGAAGAUCAUGAUUAA